UACUUUGGCAAGAAAAAUAAUUGGGGUCAAUAGCUGUGUAUUAAUGUGCAAAAAAAUUGGCAACGGGCGAAGGGCGAAGGGCGAAGAAGAGGAAAAUGAAGAAGCUUGCAAGGAAAUGGCGCAAUUCAGGAGACGACAAGUUCUCUCUUCCCAUCCACGACGAUGAAGACUCUCGUCCCAUGGACCCUCAAGAGCAAGAAGAGUUUGUUCGCUCUUUAGAGGCCACUCAAGCUGAGAAUAAUCGCUUUUGGAGGAGGGUGUUUGCCAUUCUGCUCUUCUGUUACAUGCAGUUUCUUUUGUAUUCCAUCUUCAAACAGGUUACAUCUCCCUGGGAGAUGAGGCCUUAUGCCUAUUUCAUGGAGGACAUCUACUCAUGGAUGAUUAUCUCUGCAGACUGGAUGGCUGUUUUAGUGUGCUCAUUUUCCAUGAAAGGAUUGAUUGAUGAGUCAGUGCAUCACAGAAGAUGGAUCUGGUACUCGUGGUUUACUGCCAUUGUUCCUGCAAUGUUCUGGUUAUAUUACAUGUUGAGGCUGCCUAAAUUCCGUUGGGAUGUUAUCUUUCUGCCAUUUGGUCCUCUUGGGGGAGCCACAAUCUGCCUCUACGUGGAUCAUUUGCUAAGCGAGUCAUCAGAAGAGAUAAGAAAGCUUCGUGGGUACAUGUAUAGCUAUAAAGCAGGCUAGAAUGGCAUUGUGCCCUGGUGACAUGGGAAGCAAUUUUUGGAACGGAUUGACCGGAUAACCUGUGAAUUAUUUUCAAUCAGUCAUAUGGAUUGAGGCUGAUACCCUUAUCAGCCAACAGCAGGGAGAGUUAAGAUAGGAACAGUCACCUGAUCAGAGAGCAAGUGACAUGGUUUAAGGUGGCAUCUGGUGGAGUGGCGAUGUUCAAUUUUGGAUGCUAUAAUAAUUUUCGUUUUACUGAGCAACUUAGUGAAUCACAUUUCUCUAAAGUUUAUGCAAGUUGUGUCAUUGCUGUUAAUCAACAGAAUUUUAUAACUGUUCGUACCUUGCGUGAAUUUGCCAUUACGGCUGACAAGUUUAGACUUUAGACAUGUUAACUUACAUGGGUAUUGAAUUGUUUGCAAAA